AUGGACACUAAACCAUCUUCCCUCCAUGUGGAGGAGAAUCCGAAGCAACUGAACGAGGUGCUGUUUGAGGGACUGAGCGAUGAAGAGACGAACAAGUUGGAGAAGGGCCCCAUCUUCAUCUGGGGCGGCAUCUUCAUGACCAUGGCAGCCACCAACUUUGCCGGCAUCAUACGUGUUCGUGUUUUUCUUGGCUUUGCGGAGUCGCCGUUCUUUCCGGGUGCUUUACUACUCAUCAGUUCGUGGUAUAAACCGUCGGAAAUCGCAGUGAGAGUGGCGAUUGUCUACUGUGGAAACACCGUUGCGAAUGGCUUUGGUGGGCUCAUCGCAGCCGGUAUUCUGAGUGGAUUGGAUGGGAAGGGAGGGCUGGCUGGCUGGAGGUAUACUUCUCUAGUACAUACUACGAAUCCUACUAAUGAAGAUAGAUGA